GCCAGACAUAACUUAGUACUAAGAAAUUACUUAACGCAGUAGGACAAUAGAACAAACUUUUAUCAAAACUGAUUCUUGAACAGUCAAGAAGUGACAAAUCUAAAACUGAAUAUGAUAUAAUAAGAUGCACACAAAAGUGAAAAGAUGAAUUAAUAGUCACAGUGUCCAUUAAAACACAUAGGAUUAUACAAUGAGUCUCCCAGACAAACUUGUCCUGACAUCAGAUACAGGAACAGAGAAGGUGUUAACAUCAGGCAUGAGACGAAGCUCAAUAUUUGACAAUCCUUACUUAUCCCCUGAUCACAGUCCUUACUCCACAAACCCACAUAUCAGAAAGGGAAGUGUUGAGAGGAAAAGGGACUCGAAAAAAGAAAAUAAUGCAGAACUGCCCCUAGGUCCACCACCUCCAGUCCCUGUCAUUAAACAAGGAUCUUUGCGCCAUGCUCUGGAGUUUCGGUGUACGGAUUCUGGAAUUCAGGAAGAUGAAAUCUUUGUUGAACUACCUCCUGUUCAAAUGGAUACACUGUCCAGCACUGAAGAACCAGAUCAUUUAGUUGAGGCCCCACGUGAGAUGCAGAAAAAGUCAAAAUCUCCAAUACCUACUCCAAGGCCUCAAAUCUCACCAAAAGAGAAACCCAAGAGAUUUUCAUUACCAGAAAAACCUAAACUUGAAAUGAAAUCUGUAGUUCAUAAUCCUCAUUUAGAAGAUGACACCUAUCCAAGUCCUCCAAUUAAUAUCAAAAUACCCGAACACUCGUAUGGUUUUACAAACCAAGGUUUUGAACUCCCAUAUGACGAUGAUGUAUCAGAUUAUACAGGUCCCACUCACGAUGAAUUUACUUUCAAACCUGGUAAAUCUGGACGAAGAUAUGGCAAUGUUGAAGGCAUGGAAAAUAACAAUAAUGAUUUUCCAAAUGGAAAUGUUCCUGUGGUAACUAUAUCAGAUGGGAAACCACUCAAGAAAAUAUUGAAAAAUGGCAUUAAAACAACUGAGGAGAUGUACGGAAACAUUGAAGAAGACAAGGAGAGUCUAGAUGACGCUUACAUGGACUGGGAUGUGUUCCAAAUGCAGAGUAAAGACAAUGAACAUGUCUCCGGCAAUUCAUGUAUCAGAGCACUGAUCAAAGCAGCAAAGGCACUGUCUUACAUCUUUCUUUUCCUGUUCAUAUUAGCAGCAGCUUUAACCAGCAAAGCAUCCUUAAUGCUUAUCCUCAAUUCUAUAACUCACGAGACACACAAACUGGGAACAGAAGAAUGGGAUGAAUGGAAGAGAGAUCGAUGGGUUCUAAUAGCGGCAGGGACAAUUUGUGUACCAUAUGGUCUUACUUUCUUAGAGACCAUUCUAAGGGCAUUGUUCGGAAACUUCCCUUGGCCUUCUGGCAAAACAUUUAUAUGGUGUAUGUUCAUGGAGACAGUACAUGGAGUUGGAAUGUCACUCUUUGUUCUCAGAGUGUUGCCAUGUUUAGAUGUCAUCCGAGCAACCCUCGUCAUGACAACAGUCUUCUCAAUACCAUCAUUCCUUAUCAUACUCUUCACUGAGAGGGACGCUGACAGCUCCAAGAAACGUGUUAUAACAUACACACUUGAUAUCCUGGCGUUAAUGAUGCAGUUGACUGUCUUUGUUGUUAUGCUCACUUUCACCAAUUCAUGUAAUGUCAGUGACCCUGCUGCUGUUAGCAGUGACUGGAUUAAGCUGAAUGAAGGUGGUGAUGUCUUUUGGGAGAUUCCAGUUUCAGUACUCCUGAUUUCACUUGGUUGGUGGGAAAAUUUUGCAGAUAAGGACAUUUAUCUUGGUUCAGUAGAAAUUCCUUUGAGGUACUUCAGAGAGGUACUUCAACAUGUUCGUAUCAAGACAUACAUGUUCGUCAGCUUGUGGAAAUGUAUCGUUGUGUUUCUUAUGUCAUUUGCUCUCUAUCCAAGUAUUGUGAGUCCAACCCAACCUUUCGUAAAUACAACAGUAACAAACUCAAGCGAAACAUCUUAUGACAUUCUGAAUGUGAUAGAGGCCUUUGCAAGUGACACUCCUGGACUAAAUGGUACUACUACAACCCUGAAACCAACAAGAGCUCCAGAAAUACCAUGUGAUUAUGAUGGGGACUACUUUAGAUGCCUAUACACCUAUGUGCCCUUCAUCAUCCAAGUCACAACUUCUUAUGCAGUCUUCUUUUUCUCGAAAACUGCCGUGAAGUUACUGCAGCAACGAAUCUGUUUCUCCAUUCCAUUAUGCAUCACAACUCCUGUUACUAUUUUGUGGUUCAUCAUUUUGGGAUACUUCAACAACCCUGACCUCUUCAGGUAUAAUGAGUUUACAUACUGGAAUAUACCCACAGAUGUCUGGAAGCCUGCCUUUACAUUUCACUUUGUGUUUGGACUAUUGGUUUGGUGGCUCUCAAUGAUGUGGCUGGCUAGACAUGUAUGGUUCCCUGCUAAUGACAGACUUGCUACUACUGACAGGAUAUUUGUGAUGCCGAACUACGAGGCUGCCUUGAUAGACCAAUCCAUGUUAUUCAACCGCAGACGUAAUGACAAGGACCUUUAUGAAGCAGCAGAAGAUGAAGACGAAGAAAGUGAGAUUGGAGGAGGAUCACGUAAGAAGGCUGACUUAGAGGAUGUCACUACUCAGAUCUAUAUAUGUGCGACCAUGUGGCAUGAGAACGAGAAUGAAAUGAUUCAAAUGUUGAAAUCCGUUAUGAGGAUGGACACAGACCAAAGUGCACGGAGACUUGCCCAGGAGCAUUUUGGUAUCAAAGAUCCUGACUACUAUGAAUUUGAAGCUCAUAUUUUCUUUGAUGAUUGUAUGGAGCAGACUGAGGAUGACAAAUUUAUUCCAAACCAGUUUGUCAAACAACUGUGUGCACUUAUGGGGAGAGCAGCUUGUUCGGUACAUGAGAGUUCAGUUGACAUAGAUGACCCAACAAAGAUUCCAACACCAUAUGGUGGAAAGCUCAUCUGGACCCUCCCAGGAGGAAACAUAAUUGUUUGCCAUCUCAAAGACAAGCAGAGAAUCCGGCACAGAAAGCGUUGGUCACAAGUGAUGUACAUGUACUACCUUCUUGGCUUUAAACUGAUGGGAAUGAAGGACGACAACAUAGAUGGCACUUUGAACAGUUCAGCAACAUCGAAAUGGAACAAGAAAUUCAACAAGUAUGCGCAUCAUGUCAAGAGUGAUAUCUUCAAAAAUGUCAGUGAGAGAGUUGUACUUGAGGCGGAGAAUACCUACUUACUUGCGUUAGACGGUGAUGUGGACUUCAAACCAGAGGCAGUACAAUUGCUAGUUGACAGAAUGAAGAAGAAUCCAAAGGUUGGAGCAGCAUGUGGUCGGAUUCAUCCUAUAGGAGGAGGCCCUUUAGUAUGGUAUCAGAUGUUUGAAUAUGCUAUUGGUCACUGGCUUCAAAAGGCUGCUGAGCAUGUGUUUGGAUGUGUACUAUGCAGUCCAGGUUGUUUCAGUCUAUUUAGAGGUUCAGCAAUCAUGGAUGACAAUGUGAUGCGCACAUAUACAAUUAAACCAACUGAGGCAAGACACUAUGUCCAGUAUGACCAAGGUGAAGACAGAUGGCUUUGCACACUGAUUCUACAACAAGGCUGGCGAGUAGAGUAUUGCGCUGCAUCUGAUGCCUUGACAUAUGCCCCUGAAGAUUUCAAAGAAUUCUUCAACCAAAGAAGACGUUGGAUGCCAUCAACUAUGGCUAACAUAAUGGACCUGUUACAGAGCUGGGGACAUAGUGUAGCUUCUAAUGACAACUUGUCACAUCCCUAUAUGAUUUACCAGCUCAUGCUUAUGUGCUCUUCAAUCCUUGGACCUGCAACUAUCAUGCUCAUGAUCUCUGGUUCAGUCAAUGCAGUCUUUAAAGCCAAUCUGAUUGUGUCCUACAUUGUUGCAAUUGUGCCUGUAGUAAUCUUUGUCAUCAUUUGUUUCUUGACAAAACCCAACACACAGCUUGAUGUUGCAGGUGUGAUGUCUGCAAUGUAUGCGAUCGUAAUGAUGGCAGUCUUUGUUGGUAUACUAAUACAGAUCACUCAAGAUUCAAUCUUCAGCCCAAAUGCUAUAUUUAUAAUUGGCAUGGCGAUAAUAUUUACAGUAGCAGGGCUGCUACACCCCCAAGAGAUAUUAUGCCUACCACCUGGUUUGCUAUAUUAUAUCACAAUCCCCUCAGCUUAUAUUCUUCUAGUAGUCUACUCAAUGUGCAAUCUUAACAUUGUUUCAUGGGGAACACGAGAAGUGGCCAAGACAAAGAGUGAGAAAGAGCGUGAGGCAAAACAGAAGAAAGUUGAGAAAGUAAAAGAAACAACUGUUAUGGAUGGCGUCAUGGGGAUGAUUGCUCUACCUAGUGAUGAUACAGCAUGUUGUGGUAUCCGCCAAUGUUGUAAAUGUUGCGAUAAUACCCAAGCCUUACAGCAACAGCAGCUGAUGACCCAGAUUAUGAUCAAACUAGAAAAUAUGGAUGUCAAAAAUGGAAGCCAAUCCUCACACGAUAUCUCCCGCUCUAGAAAUCCCAGUAUAAGCAGUGUUUUCCAUGAUAAGGCUCCUUCUAGAAAUACCAGUGUCAACAGUGCUUUCCAAGUAGGUGCUUUCCCAGUGACCGCCCAACCAGAACAAAUGAUGUCCAUCCCAGAGCAACUUUCAGAAGAAGAUGAUGAUCACCAAGAUGUUGCACUGGUUGAAAACCCACUUGAUCCAGCCUGGAUAAAAGAUAAGGACAUUGGUGAUGGACCAAUUGAAUACCUUGAUAAAAAGGAAUGGGUGUUUUGGAUAAAAAUGGUCGACAAGUACCUCAAGCCAUUAACAGAAGAUAGCGAUCAGAAAGCCAAGAUAUCUGAUGAAUUGAAGUCACUUAGAAACAAUGUUGCAUUUGGUUUCAUCAUGUGUAACAUACUUUGGAUGGUUGUCAUGUUUAUGCUACAAACAGUGGCUGCUCAACUCCAGGAUAGCAUAUUCAUCCCAAUACCAAGACCCCCUCCACUGGAGCCACUAAGACUUGAACCAUUUGGUCUUGCUUUUCUGGUUUUCUUUGCUACAAUUCUAUUACUGCAGUUCUGUGGUAUGUUAGUGCAUCGUUAUGGGACAUUGUUACAUAUACUCGCUUCAAUGGAUUUGGAUAUCUGCAAGAGAAGACCUUUUACUAGAAAGGAUGACGAAGAACCUGAGCCUGUCAGUGCAGAAAAGGUGGUUAUGUUUGUAAAGACAUUACAGCGACUCCAUGUGGAUGAGAUAGAGCGUGAACGAUUCAAUGAUGGCGGGAGCAUCCGGAAAAUUUCAGAUAUGAUGUCUGAUGCAACUCGUCCUAUACCUGUUGGAGAAUCAGAAACAGACGACGAUGAAAUUCAUGGAGAGAGUAUGAAUAGAUCCUGGCGUCCAAUAAACAGAAGGCAAACACGACGACAGCAGGCUUCUCAUCUGAAUCAACAAUUUGUGCAGAGAUUGGGGACAUACAGACGCAAAGUGGAACAGGAUGGAAGUGACAUGAAAGAGUUCAUGAAUAGCACUUUGAGACGAAGGGCAACGACAGCCAAAAGACCACAGCGGAUGACAAGGAAGGCCAAAUCGAUGUCAAGACCUAAUAAACCAGCAGUUGGACUUUCCAGGUUUCACACAACCAAACCUCUCAAGGAAAACAGACGAGGGGCAACAUUAGGGGAGGAAACCACUGAGGGAACGAACGUCGACACUUUCAAUGAUGUAAAACGGCAUAAGACAUCUGCAUAACCCAUAAAACGCACUUUGUCCAAAAUAUUAUAUAUUCAAUAAUAAAACAUAAUUUGAAUUUACUAGAAAAUUAGAUAAAUAAUGUAUAUUCAAUACUGAUGUAAAAAAUAAAAAAGCAUAAAAAAUAUAUUACUAUGAAAU